AUGGCGUACAAAUCCAUCAGCAAAUAUCAUACGGUGCAACUACACUGGAAACAAAAGGGCUAUCAAAUGUACUUACCAGGAUUAGAAAAAAAAAAUUCAUUUACCAAUAUUGAGGAUGCUCAGAAUGAACAAGAGGGGGAAAUACAUGAAGAAUCAGAUAGUGCUUGUGAUGCAACAGGUUUUACAUCUGAUGAAGAUGAUGAAAUUAGAGAGAUAAGAAUCAAGUACAAAGACAAUUCUAUCAAAAAUGAUGAGUGCAGAGAUUCCAGUGGAGAUGGCAGAUGCAAGCAGUACUGCUCACUGUCCUCAGAUAACCCAAGAGGAAGGGAUCAAUUAAAGGAUGCCAUAGAAAGGUACACACUGAAGAUGAAGGUAACUCUCAGAUAUGUCAAGAAUGACAGAGAAAGGAUUAGGGCUGUAUGUAGGUGGAAAGGUUGUCCCUGGUUUCUGUAUGCUUCGUAUAUCUCAAGGUCUGAUUGGUUUCAGAUUAUCACAUAUGAUCCCAACCAUGCUUGCUUCCCAGAAUUGAAAAAUAAAAGAUUAUCAACAACUAGAAUCUGUGAGAAGUAUGAGAGUACUGUAAAGGCUAAUCCAUCCUGGAAGGCUAGAGCAUUGAAGGAGACGGUACAAGAUAUUAUGGGUGUAGAUGCAUCAGUCACAAUAAUUAAGAGAGUGAAGACAAAGAAAGAUACCAAUAUACCUACUGGCGCUCAGGAUGGGUAUUCAUUACAGACCAACAAAAGAGAAACAGACAUUGUAUUAUCACAGUUCUGGACCCUCUUGCCACCCAAUUUAAAGGCCAGCAAGAUCUCCGCCUCAUCCGCCUCCAAGCGCCGCCUCUUCUCAGAGCCACCCCCGCCGGUGAACAAUGACACCCUCGCGCCUUUUCCAACGGCAGGAUCUAAGAGGUCAAGUGAAAGCCCUGGUAAAGAUCUUGGUAUAUGUCUGUCUGUAUCAUCUGCAAGUGCAACUCCUGCAUCUAGUCCAAGUCAAGGUGGCAGUGCUGCUGCUGGUGGCAGUGGUUCAGGUUCAGGUGGUGCUGGUGGCAGUGGUUCAGGUGGUGCUGGCCUAGAAGGUGCUGGUGGCAGUGGUGCUGCCGUUGCAAGUGACAUACGUGCUGCUGGUGCGAGUGAUAUAGGUGCUGCUGUUGCAAGUGACAUAGGUGCUACUGGUGCAAGUGAUAGAGGUCUUGUUGCUGCUGGAACAAGUACUGCAAAUGCAAUCAUCGUUGAGGGUGAUGAGCCUGUGCAAGAGGGAGAUGUACCUUGUGGAAAGAGGCACGAGUCGUCCCCAGACGCUGCCCCCUCCCCCGCGCCCCGCCGCCGCCUCCGUGCCCGCGCCCGCGCCCAUCUCUCUCCCAUCUCCGGCGGGUUCCCUCCCACCACCGCACCAACACCUCCACCUGUGACGCCGCAGCUCCACUUUUCUUCCUCGUCUUCCGUAGCUCCCCACCGCCGGAACCGCGGCCAGCGUCCCAGCCCCCACAGCCGCGCUAACCCAUCUUCUCGCGACGCCCCCGCCCCUACACCGCCCAACCGGCCUUCUCCAGCUCCCGGUCGGUGGAGACAAGACAACCCAGCCUUCCACCAGGCGCCCGAUAUCGCUGCCCUGCGGCCGCCACCGCCGCGGACUCUCCCUGUAAGUCGGCCGCUGAUAAAUCGAUCCCCACCGCCACGGCUACCUGCUCCAGACCCCUCGCCACCUGUCGACUGGUCCAUGAUCUAUCCCAUCUCUGACGGGAUCAAUCAGGGUAGCUCCUCCACCGACAGCAGCACCGCCCCACCUGUCAAUUGGCCCCUGUUGGAUCCCGAGUCCGUCCCCGACGGCAUCGAGCUGUGCAAUUGGGCCACCGCUGUCAGCGCCACUCACGCAAGUGCAUAUACGUCAAGGGGCCUCAAGGUUAAUUUUUGUUUCCAAUUGAGGGGGGGCAUGUUGGCUCUCCACACACGUUGCGAGGAGAUGUCUGAUCCAUGUGCCACACGUCCCAUCAAAAUUUUGUCUGAGGUGAUUUGCAGUCAUUACCAACUGUUCCUCCUCCGUGUGUGUAGCACAGCCAUCAACUCCCCGAGAGAUUUCUUCGUCUUUAGCUCCCCUUAUAUGGGGGAAGAUGUCAGUGUCCACAGGAUUCCUAAGUUUCUGCCGAAGAGCUCGGCUGUGUCACAGUUGUUUGGCCUGCUCCGCGACCAGAGUGAUUGUGACAAGUAUGUUGUUGCCAACCUUGAGAUGCUCAACCCAAAGAAGGGAUAUGUUGAAGUCCUUCUUCACAGGUGGUGGCCCUCAUCUGAGUCUUGGUCGUCCAGGUUUUUGGAAAAGGUCACUCUGCCAUCUAUCAUUGACAUGCGAAAAUGGCAAACCGACCAGGUUAUUGCCUACCACAAAGACCUGGUGUGGGCUGACCUCAAGCAAGGCAUUCUUUUUUGCUUCAAAAAUCCUUUGGAGAAGGACACCGAGCUCAGAAUUAUCUAUCUUCCACGCAUUCCACACAUGAAAAGCGUGCGACGACCAGAGACAUUCAUGAGUGUUGGGUGCUGCAACGGCAAGCUGAAGUUUGUCCACCUUGAUAUCAGUGAUUUUUCUGAAGUUGUCACCAUCAUGACAUUCAGUGAGUCGUCCUACAAAAAGGAGGAGCUAUGCUGGUACAAAACUUCCCGAAUUUACUUGAACUGUACAGAUCUCUGGGCAAACAUGCCCUUGAACUUGGAGGUGUCAGAAUACCACAUGCCGUGCUUCCCAGUUCUGCACACAGACAAAGACAAUAUCCUCUACCUCACCAUUUCUAAAAAGGAUAAGGAUAACAAGCGUGCAUGGCUGCUCCAAGUUGACAUGAAGGCUAGAAAGGAUAGCAAGGGUGCAAGUCCACACCAGGUUGACACAGAGUCCGAUACCAGCACGGAAUUCGACACACAGUUUAGCACAGACUCGGACACCAGCACCGAAUCCAGCAUGGAGUACUGGGCUCUAGUGGGUGUUAUUGAUUACCUAGGCUUUUGCCGCCAUCAGAAACCUCCAUUGAUUCUACUUCAGGACUGA